AUGAGACCAAGGGUGUUAGUACUUGUGUUGAGUGUGUUGGUGACAGCCGCCGGGCCAGGUCUGGGUUUAGGCAUAUUUAAACAGCGCGAUGACGACACAGGAGCCACCUGCUCUCUGAAAUGUGACGAUGGAGUGGUGGGCAAGUUAAACAUGAAGGGCAUGAAGGGAGACACAGGUGAAGCAGGUGUUCCCGGGCUGCCAGGUGCACCUGGUCAGGUGGGGGAGCCCGGGCCGGAGGGACCAGUGGGGUCUCCAGGUGCAAAGGGAGAGGCGGGUUUGCCUGGUCCUGCCGGGUCUGACGGCAGUCCCGGGGAGAAGGGCGACCCUGGGGAGACGGGCCCGCGCGGAGAGAAGGGGGAGAUGUCAGCGCCUGCACCGGGAGUUCGUGGUCCACCGGGUCACAAGGGAGACAGGGGCGUGCCUGGACCUGCAGGUCCACUAGGGCCGGCCGGACAGGAGGGACCACCUGGCGAUCAGGGACUUCCUGGCACUCCAGGUUUGACCGGAAAUCCAGGGAAUGCUGGACACAAAGGCGACACUGGUGACGUUGGACCAGUUGGGCCCAUUGGGCCUCCUGGGCCGAUUGGUCCAGCUGGUACUAAGGGAGAGAGGGGAAUCCAGGGUGUUCCAGGCAUUGGUAAGGAAGGCCCUCCCGGCCCCCCUGGAGAGGACGGCCCCCCGGGCCUGCCUGGUACCCCCGGGAUGACUGGACAUGAAGGCGACACAGGGGAACCCGGUCUGCAGGGCCCUCCUGGUGGUCUGGGUCCACAAGGACACAAGGGAGCCGUGGGGCCACCUGGGCCGCUGGGACCACCCGGACCUCCUGGGCAGGCAGCAGCCGCUACAAGAUGUGCGUUUACUGCAGUCAAGACAUCCUCACAGAAAUCUGGGUAUCACACUGCAGUUCUGACCUUUGACCGUGUCAUAACUGAUGCCAAUUCUCACUUUGAGAAAAGCAAGUUCACGGCUCCUGUCAACGGUUACUAUGUCUUCAUGUUCCACGUCAUGUUUGACAGUGAGGAUGACGGCGGGAAGGUGGACCUGAUGAAGGAGGGCUUCCUACAAACAUCUGUGCUCAACCCUCAAGGUCACGAUGGCUCACAGGGGUAUGCUGGGAACAGCGCUAUCCUGCAGCUGAAUGAGGGUGGACAAGUGUGGCUACAGUUCAAGGGCAGUGUCUACAGUGACUACACUCUGAUCACGUCUUUCACUGGUUUCCUGAUUCGGGAAGGACAUUAAGCAUUG